AUGCCGUCCCAGCGGGCGGCGCGCCUGGUGAUCUGCGAGAUGCCAGCAAAGGCGCGGCCCACGGCGAGGCCGUCCCCCACGCCCGUAGCAUCGCAGCUGCUGGCGAUCCUGGACCGAUCCGUGGCGCCGCCAUCGCCGCCGCCGGGGGAUUUCGGGCCCUGCCAGCUGUUGAGGAAGGAGGAGGCCCAGAGCUCUGGUGGAGCGGACGGCGUCGCCGGCAUGUCCCAGGCGAGGGUGGGCUUCGAGCGGGCGUUGCGGGCCCGGAAGGACUGCGUGAACGCGCGCUCGAAGAAGGCGGUGAAGGAGAAGACGGAAAAUGAGGAAACUAAGCGCAAUACGCACAAGAAGGACACAGUGCUGGACUGA